AUGACAGAAUUGCGGCGUAUCACUACAACGCACGUGGAUUGGGCUUCUUUCGCUUGUGGCAACAUCUUGGCUAUUUCUACAGGGCGAAACCGACGCCGUAGUAUUCGUGACAGCAGGGUGCUUCUAAUCUCUGCCAGCGGCACAGUGUUGGCGGAUGUAAAACUCACGGAUGGCAUUGGGGACGUGAUGGAUGCAGCGGCGGACAAUUCGGCAAAUGUGGUGGUCUGCUGCGCAUGUCGUGGGUCCGGCCGAAAUCAGAGGACGGCACUUGUGUUCAUCUCAGGUUCACAGGUGUUGACGGUGCAUGAAUUGCCUCCCGUGAAGAAGAGUGUGGAGGCACCACGCCACAGUGUGAUUUGCCUUCGUGUGGGAACUCAGGAUGUUGCUGUUUAUUCUCUUGGAACGGGUGAAUUAUUUGUAUGCGUUCGUGAUGGCGCCGAGCAUAUGGUGCAUAAUACGCUGUGGGACUUUGAAGACGCCCGCGUGAUGCGUGUGGUUCGUGGUCGCCAUUCUUUGGAGGUGCUUGCUCUACUGGACGACGGCAGCGUGGCGUUGGUUGAGGUGCGUGAGGAUGAGGAUGGGUUUCUGGAGGGGUGUUGCCGUCAUCACCUGCAGCUUUCGUCAACUGCCGUUCCGACACAAGCCGUUUUUGCGUGUGGAUUGACUUUGUGGGUACUGUGUGACGAUCUCUCAUUAUUCGGGUAUUGGUUUCAACCGCCUGUCUCUGGGGAAGACCCCGAACCAGUGCGUUUUUUCAGCGAGCAGUUGUUUCCCCCAGAGGAGACGGAGAAUUCGGUGAGGGCACUUAUGGCUGGUGAGACUCGCACAUGUGGGGUUCACAUUCUUUUCCAAACCCCAAAGGCGGUUCAUUUUAGAACCCUUGCGGUGCAUAUCCCCAACGGGCCGUACCAGUUACCAUCCCCAGCCACCGAGUGGUCAAACGGCGUGCUUCUCUGGAGUGGAUACAUCCACAGUUUCCUGUUUAGGCAAUGUGGGUAUGAGUUGCUUGUUCAGAGCGAGUUGGGUGGGUCUCCACUGAGCAUGAUGUCGUUGAGGCAGAACUCAAGUAUUCUUACUUUUGGGGAAUUACAAACUCGACUGCUGAGUCAUCAAGUCGUCCGUGCUGCACCACUGGAGCUCGCGGGGCUGCGGGAGAAAUGCGAAUUGGGUGUACAAGAGCUUGAAUCAGUGGCCGCUAACGUGUCUGAUUUAUACGCCACAGAGAAGGCACUUUCCCAGUUGCUUCACUUGCAGCACGCUUUGGUGGCCACCCUCCACCGCGAACGUGAGCUUAACAAUGAGGUGCAAUCAUCUCAAAGCGUAUCCAUGCAUCUUAUUAAACGACUUCACAUUGUUUACAUCCAUCUGUCCAUUUAUCGACUCCUGUGCUCCACGGGGUUUGAGGACAAGCUUGACGUUUCACUCCGUGAGGCACUUAGACUAGAGGAGGCACGACAUGCUUCUUGCGUGUGCCAGGCAGAUUUGCGCGCUCGGUUUGAGCAGGAGAUGGAUUUGACGUCUGUUUCAACCAUGGGGACACUGAGCAUGUGGGGGUCUCCUGACACAGCACCAGUCAUGUGCAUUGAUGUCAUCCUCUCGCAGCUGAGCUGCUCAGAUCUCUGUUCGUUGAGGAGCGUUGUUCAGCAGACGACGACGAUGGUUCCAGCGGUGGCUCUUCUUGUGCUUUACUGCAACCAUGCAAAGAAACAGCAAGAAGGGGAACAGCGGCAGGCGGAGGAGAAGGGGUCGACGGCGGUACGGUAUGAGUUUGCUCAACGUGACUCUGUUCGUGGGGAAUUUUUAGAAACCUUCUGUCUGCCGCUCACCAUGGACUUCUGGGCCUACUUGUCGUUUGUGGCGGAUCAUUGCCUGAAUCCUGUCGAUGUUGGCGCUGCGUACGGUGCUGGGUGUCCGCCGCUGAUGGACCUUGUUCCUGGCCUCAUUAACGGGUUGACGUACAGUGGAGCGUAUGAGUUGGUAUUUCAGUUGACUGGAAUUGUGCUCACGCUUUCCAGUACCAGGGAGAUGGAUCCAUCGGUGGCUGUGAAACUUCUCUUUUUGGCAUACAGGCGUGGCAACUCCAAGGUGCUGGAGGCGUUGUACCGGCGGUCCCGCGGCACGGUCUGGGGGAAUGCAGCGACCCACGCCCUUGGUUUGGCGGCAUUGCAGACGGAAAGCGUGAAGCUGCUGAGCGGACUCAUUACACCACAGACCCCAGAGGAGACCGUUGUUGAGUCUAUUCUCCGGCGUUGCCCAAACCCCUCCAUGUCGAACGUGCUGCUGAUGGAAUUCUACAUCCUUAUGCGGCGCUAUGCGGACGCACUGAAGAUGUGUGAGAAGACUGUGUCUUGCCAUUCGAUAGACGCUCAGCGUGUGCAGGUGAUUGCGUCACACUUGCGUAGUCUUAUGCCAAACGGCAACGCAUCGUACGGUCUUUUCAGGGGCCUUGACGGCGGGGAAAAUGUGCUUCCGCCAGGUCCCGACGCCUAUCAUUCCCGUUCUUCACUUCGUCGUGAGCUGCCGCCGUUGAUCCCUUUUUACUCCGCUGCCGUCUCUGGUGACCCGCUGAGGAGCGAGGAACAGGAGCUUGAAGAAGACGUUGCCCGCACAGUGGCUCACAUUUCUUCGUGGCGACAUGACAAGAGUCCAUUAGACGCAUUCGGGGGCAGUGUGCGGCGCGGCGUGACUGCGAUGAAAUUCACGCCCACACCAGUGGCCUCCCUGGGCAUUUUUCAUGACGGGGCGCGUAGCGUCUCCCUUCCUGGCAGAAGCCUCACCCCACAACAGCAGCAGUUGCCGUCAGAGCCAUCCAUGUCGGUAAGGAGUGGCGCAGAGGGUCAUAGUACGAUGGGCGCAUCAUCAACAACGCUGCCACCACGCGCCGUUGCCGCCGUAUCGCAGGAGUACGAGCCGCUUUACUGCGAGGUCAUUCUUAAGCGUAGCAAAAAGCCGUGCCGGCGGGAGCGACCGUGCAAAUACCACGAUAAUGUGCGCAAGUGA